ACAGAGCAAGACGUGUGCAGCUGCCAACGCCACCUGUGCAGGACUCAUUAAAGGUUUAACAGAGGAUCACGUGUGCCCUGAACAUGGCUGACAACUGCCAAGCCUAACACACACCUCACAAACUUUGGGAAAAGGCAGAGAAAUGGAGCUGCCUUUGGAUGAGGAGGAUGGCACCUUCACCAGCAUUUCUUUGGCAGACGACUCAGCAGAGUACCGCUCAAGAAAACGCUAUUCAAAAGUGGAAGGAGCCCCUGCCACAAUGAUGAACGCUGAUAUGGAUGCUGUUGAGGCUGAGAAUCAGGUGGAAUUAGAAGAGAAAACACGGCUUAUUAAUCAAGUUUUGGAACUGCAGCACACGCUCGAAGAUCUCUCAGCACGAGUAGAUGCUGUUAAGGAAGAAAACUUGAAACUGAAAUCAGAAAACCAAGUUCUUGGACAGUAUAUAGAAAAUCUGAUGUCAGCAUCUAGUGUUUUCCAAACAACUGACACAAAAAGCAAAAGGAAGUAAGGGUGGGCUCAGAUUAUGUCAUUGUAUUGCUGCUGGUUUUUUUGUUUUGUUUUAACUGGCAUAGGCUACAUAAGCUAAAUUACUUUAGUUUGUGGCUUACUGGAUCCUCAGAGAUUAUAGACUUUGAUAAUAAAUGGAAUUAAGAGCAUUAUCAUGAACAGGAGACAGAAGAUUGUGUAUUAAGAUUAAGCAAUGUGCAAAUGUAGUGUAGAUAAUUACAAAAUUUUUGUAUUUGUUUUAAAAAUUACCAUAUCUUGUUAAAAAGAUUAGUUUGUCAGGUUAAACAAAGGUCUGUUGGUACUCUGAGGUCUUAGGGUAGAUUUCUUGACUAUAUUGUGUUACAAUAUUGUGUUGAAACCCCAUUUGAUAAAAAUAUUCAGAGUUUACUGCAUCACUUUUUUGCACCUGAGAUGUGUUUACUGCAUAGUACUGUUCAUAGUUCUGAAAACAAAACAAAAACCUGUAAACCAGUUAAGCAUUUCUGUGAAGUAGGAACAGUAUGACAUUGUUUGCAGGGCUUACUUACAGAAAAACACCUCAAGAUGUUUUUGGGAAGGGGGAAGGUAAGAGGAGCCACAAGGGUAAGCAACUUUUCAGGGCAAUACCAAACUGAUGCAGUAUCAGAUGUAAUAUGUAUGCCUGAAACCAUUGCUACUUUCCCAUUUUCCUGAAGAAUGCCCAGGCACAUCAUCACAAUGUACGAUCUUCCUGAAGUUCUGUUGUGUGAGGAAAAGUUAAGUAAAAACCUGAGUGAUAAACUUUGCAAGAGGUGGUCAGCAAUGCUGCUCAUGCUCGUGAGCAGUGCAGUGAGGAACUGAGAAAAAGUCUUUUCCUUCCUGCCUUUUACUGUCCUCCUGCAGUGCCAAACUUGUCUUUGCUUCAGGCCUCAGAGCAGCUGUUUUCCCGCCUCAGAACUACCCUUGCAAAGUGCUUCCUGAGGCGCUGCACAAAAACAUCUAAAGCACAAGGAUGCAGUGGAACAAAGGUGGAUUUUGCCUUUCAAAACUCUGCUGCUCUGGUGUCAAGGUGCUGGUUGUUCCUGUCUUGGAUGUUGUUAGGUUUUGUAGGGGAGCUCAGCCCAGAUGAUGGGUCUGAGCAUUUCCCACAGAAGCAGCAUGUCAAGCACAGUCAGUAUUAAGGGAGAGCGGAAACUGAAAUACAAACAACUGUGUAAAUUUUAGCAGUACUUAGUUGCACCUGUUUCAUCUUGCCCUACAGACUUACUUAUGGGUGUUGGCUAGGGCUGAGUUGCUCCUUCAUUUUGCUUGACCUUUUUAAAGGAAACCUCUAGUUCUCCCUCAAGCAUGGUGUGAAUGAGUCAGUGUAAUAGAAUAACAAAUCCCUCUCAAAUCCCAAGUUUCUUAGCUAGGUACUGCUGUGUCUCAAGUGUAAGCUGACAUUGUGAGGUUACCCCCUCCCAAAGGUGAGGUUGCCCAUUUCUCCCCAUUUAAAAUGGUUGUACAAUGCUCACCAGUGUCAAAAGACACUAAACAAAGUCAAAAGACUGCAAACAAAGCACUAAUAGUACAGUCUUGAGGGCUGGUUAAAUGUCUGGGUCAAGAAACCUAGUGAAUAAAAAGUGAAUGAUACCAUUUGUGUCAUGGGGUCCUUGCCAACACCUAAAAUUAAUUCUUAUCUUCUAUGGACUACUUUCUCACAUUACUGGAACUCUAAAUUAAUCCAAGAAUUGCUAGCAGGUAGAGUAGAUCACAUGGCUAGUCUAGAGUUUGAGCAUUAAAGGAAGAAAAAUCCCAGCAAGCACUUGACAAAUGAAGAUUGCAUUGCAUUCCAGCCACCGUAGCUUUCAAGCCACACCACUGUCACCUCCAUGUGCACUGCAGGUCACCUGGGAACACAGCAUGCGCUUGUUAGGCUGCAGCAAUUCCAGUGUAAGGUCAUUUUCAAAUCAUGGUUUGUAUUGUACAUUGGAUAGUGGUAUUUUACCCAUCAGUGUGUAUACAGCAGUUAUUUCAUCUCCAUGCCAUUUGACAUCCCACUACUGUGGCCUUCAUUUAACUUAUGAACAUUUUAAAGAUGUUGUAUUUCUGACUUUACACCAAAUAAAAACUUUUCAUUUGUCUCAA